GCAAGUGCAAUUGCGAUUUCAUUGUUUUGCAACAGUUUCUUGCCAAUUCCUUUAUUGUGCAGUAAUUAUAACUAAUAGCUAUAGACCGUAGUUCGUUUAUAACUUAGUAUGUGUAUUUAUUGAAGUAAUUACAUUUAAAGUCGUACUGUUUACAGUGUUUUUGUUUAGUUGGACAAUGGGAAAUCAGCUGGUGGGUGUAGCUCCUUCUCAGAUAUUCCCUGUAGAACAUUAUCUUAGCGAUCAUGCUGACCUAUCAUUUGAUCAGAGUCUGGGCUCAACAAGAUUCCUGAAAGUAGCAAGAGCUAGAUCAAGAGAGGGUUUGAUAGUGGUCAAAGUGUUUGCAGUCCAUGAUCCAUCACUGCCCCUUGCUGAACAUAAAGAGAGAAUAUUGAAGAUUAAAGAACAGCUGGUUUCUGCCUUCAAUUGUUUACCAUUCCAGAGAGUUAUUUUAACAGAUAAAGCGGGUCUUUUAAUGAGAGAAUACUGCAAAUGUAGUGUCUACGAUCGUAUGUCUACACGUCCAUUCCUCACCGUGUUGGAGAAGAAAUGGAUAACAUUCCAAGUUCUAUAUGCGUUGCAUAGGAUGCACAAACUUGGCAUCUGUCAUGGUGAUAUUAAGCUAGAAAACAUAAUGGUGACGUCAUGGUUGUGGGUACUAUUGACGGAUAUUGCAUCGUUCAAGCCAACUUUCUUGCCAGACGACAACCCGGCUGACUUCAGCUAUUUCUUCGAUACUUCACGUCGCAGGCUUUGUUACGUUGCUCCGGAGAGAUUCGUCAAAGCGCCUGAUCCUAGUUAUCGACCGUCUGGUGAUGACAGAACUGGAGGAUUGCUACUUAGCGAGUCACCUUGUAAAGUAGGUGAACUAUUACCAAGUAUGGACAUAUUCUCAGCUGGAUGUGCCCUUUUAGAACUAUGGAACGAGGGUACACCAGCUUUGGAUUUACCAGGGUUAUUGGCAUAUCGUAAUGGUGAAGAUAGACCUUCAACGAUGACAUUACCUGAAGGAUCAGAACCAGGAUUGAGAGAAUUAUUACAUUCAAUGACUGAACGAAACCCUAAAGAUAGAAAGAGCGCUGAAAUUUAUCUGGAUGAAGCAAGGGGCAAAUUAUUCCCAGAAUAUUUCUAUUCAUUUCUGCAAUCGUAUAUGUUGAUAUUUUCCGCACAACCAAUAUUACCAGCUGAUGAGAAAAUAUUAAGAAUACAUCAAGAUAUAAAAAAUAUUAUAAAAAUAUUUACACAACCCUCCGAUGCAAAGAAUUAUAAAGACUUAGUCGAAGAAACCACAGACAAUAAUAACACAGAUAAUAUUGAAACAUUAAUGAAAGAAGGUUUUAAGGUUAUGAAUAUUAAUGUGACUGAUUUUGAAGAGGAAAAUGAUAGUAAAGCUCCGGAGAAAAGAGAUAUGGGUCCGGAUAGUGAAGGGUUGAUUUUGAUCACUUCGUUGGUGACAUCUUGUAUACGAGGUCUUCAUCAUUGUACAUCAAAAUUGUAUUGUCUCGAAAUACUGCAAUUGCUAUGCGAGAAUUCCAGUUCAGAAAUAAUUUUGGAUAGAAUUUUACCAUACAUUAUCCAUCUAUCUCAUGACGUGAGAGCGCGUGUGCGCUCCGCAGCAAUGUGGGGUGUGACACGCUGCCUGGCACACGUGGUGGCUCCUCCACCAGCCGGCUGCAAUGUCUUCCCGGAGUACAUACUGCCGGAGCUGGCACCACGAGCUGCUGACUCCGCGCUACCUGUACGCAUCGCAUAUGCUAACAAUAUCGCGAAGUUGGCGGAAACCGCUGUGAGAUUUCUAGACCAGACCCAAAACAUUGCGGACAAGGAGACGGCGAAUAUUAACUACGAAACUGAAUUGUCAGCUCUACACGAAAUGGUUCGAUCAACUGUGUCUUAUCUCCUAACAGACUCACAGGCGGUGGUCAAACGAGCUUUAGUUGAGAAUGGUAUCACGAAGCUCUGCGUGUUCUUUGGUAAACAGAAAGCAAACGAUGUGAUCCUGUCACACAUGGUGACAUUCCUCAACGACAAGGAGGAGGCGGCGUUACGCGGCUGCUUCUUCGAGCGUGUUGUAGGUGUGGCCGCGUACGUCGGCCAGCACUCCGCACCAAUACUGCUGCCACUCCUGCAACAGGGUUUAACAGAUCAAUCUGAAUGGAUAAUAGCGAAGGCUCUGCGCGCAACGAGCAGCCUCGCGGAGUUAGGUCUAUUACCCAAACAGGCACUGUGCGACUUGCUGGCCGAGAGUGCUGUCUACCUCGCACACCCUAACCUUUGGAUACGUCAUGAAGUAUGUGGCCUGGUGUCGUGUGUUGCCAGUCUAUUGAAUCCAAUUGAUGUCAAUUGUAAAAUACUUCCCUUGGUGUGGCCACAUCUUAAACAUAAAUUGAUUCAGGUGGAGAGAGCUGAACUGCUACUAGAGAGUCUCGCAGAUCCUAUACCGCGGAAAGUCCUGGAUGCGGUGCUGCGACAUGGAGACGUGGACCGCCUCGUACAUACCCUCAGGGAGAGGAGGAACACCAGGCUGAGGGUGAAGCAAGGUACGAUGCCUCAGUACUGCGAGAUGGGACAGCAAUUGAAGAAUCUGUUUAGAAGACUGGCUUCUGAUGGUAUGACGGAACAUGUUGAAAAUCAACUGUUGGCGAUGAGUGCUCAUCUUAUCAAAAUACAAAGCUCUACCACACAACACAUAACGGAGGCGCCAGGACGUCUGGUGCUGUCCAGCAGCAGCGGUAUAUCGAGAUGUGUGCAGCUGGAGCCGGCUGCUGUGGAGCCACAUACAGACAAACUGUACAACACACAGCCCAGACGUAGUCAGAAGACGUCGUUAUCUCAAGAGGCACACAUGAACACGGAAUGGCAGCACAUGUUCGGACAUUCGCACGAACAAUCCACCACAAAGUCGUCAGAGCAGCUGGCGCAGUGUAGCGGUGUGAGUGGUGUGAGCGGUGCGCCGGCCGCCGCGCAGCCCGCACACUCACAGAUGGGUCACAGCGCCAGCUAUGUGCAAUACAGCAUGGCCCCCUGCCGGAUAGAGUUACGCAAUUUGACGGCGCGAAUGCAACAGAAAUAUCAAAAGUCUUUAAGGAGUCAUGAAGAUAACGGAGAAGGUGGAGAAGAUUUAUUGCCCCCUCCAUCAUGGCGGCCGGGUAACCAGUUACUGGCCUACCUACAUGAACACAAGGCUCGUGUGAACCAGUUGGCGCGUGUGCCGAGUGUGCGAGGACUGUUCGCCUCCUGCUCAGAUGACGGCACUGUGCGACUGUGGGAUGCUAACAGAUUACAAGGACAUGCAUAUGUUAACAAGUCGAAGUCUAUGUACAACCGCAGCGCAGGUCCUGUCAUCUCGCUGGCGUCGUGCGAAGGAGGACAGUCUCUAGUCGCCGCUACACAAGAAGGAUCUAUAUUUGUACUGAGAAUGGACAGCGGGUCGUCUCGCAUGACGCUGUCGCAAUGCCGGCAGGUGUCUGCGGGGAGUGCGGGGGCUGCGGAGGGGUGUGUGGCAUGCGCGUGCGCAGGCGGCGUGCACGCCGGUGUCAUCUCAUAUGCCACACUCAAUGCCACCGUUGUCGGUUGGGAUCUCAGGGCACCCGGUAACGCUUGGAAGCUGCAAGGUGACUUGAAACAAGGCGUGUACACGUGUUUGUACGCGAACAGUGCGGGAUAUGUUGCUGUGGGGACAUCCAGUGGUGCGAUCUGCGUCUGGGACCUCAGGUUCCAGUUGCCCAUCACCACUGUCAGACAUCCUAACUCGGAGAGGGUGCGUCGUAUAGUGGGUUGGGGAGGAUUGUCAUCUCGCGUAUGGUCUGUGGGUGGACGGGAUGCUGCGGCCUGGUGUCUGGAGGCGGCGCAGCGAACACACGCGCUCUGGCCCUGCACCAACACCUCACAUCCACUCAACUAUUCAACACCGGCGUGUCAGUACCUGAGCGCGGCGUACUGCGGGUGGCGCGGGGCGGAGGGCGGCCGCUUCCUGGUGACAGGCGGCAGCGACCAGCGUCUGCGCUACUGGGACCUGCAGCAGCCUGAGGACUCUUACGUACUGCUGCACGCGCCCGCAGACCAGCUCAGACCAGCCGGUGCUAUUAAAUAUAGAAGUAGAAUAAUAGAUGGCACAACAGUGAUACAGGAAUGUUCCAAACUGAACCCCAGCGCCCCCGCGCCCGCUGCGGCUUACGAGGACAACGUGUACCGCAGCGUAGAGUCCCGCUCCUUCCAUCACACCGCACCCAUCACAGACAUCACAAUGGUUGAAGGGAACAAAUGUUACCUCGUCAGUUCCUCCGCUGACGGUGUCAUUAAUGUCUGGAAAUAAAUUUAUUUAUAGUACUUUGAAGUACAGAUGUUAUUGUUUAUUUUAAUUGAUAUAUUUAUUUAUUAAACGUUAGUCAGUUCACUUAAUAAUCACAAAU